CUUAGUGAAACGAGCGGUGGAGAUCCUGAGCUCCCCACUCUCCGUUCAGACUCGAGGCUCGCAGCAAGCUCAUCGCCAGUAUGUUCGCCCGCACGCCCGUCAAGACCGUGGCCGCCGUCGCGCAGGCCACGCGCAGCAUGUCUGCGUCCGCCAAGGUGUGGAUCAACAAGGACACCAAGGUCAUCUGCCAGGGCUUCACUGGCAAGCAGGGCACGUUCCACUCGCAGCAGGCUAUUGAGUACGGCACCAACAUGGUGGGCGGUGUGACCCCCAAGAAGGGCGGCUCCACGCACCUGGGUCUUCCCGUGUUCAACACGGUGGCUGAGGCUAAGAAGGAGACGGGCGCUGACGCCUCCGUCAUCUACGUGCCGCCUCCGUUCUGCGCUGCUUCCAUCAUUGAGGCCAUCGAGGCUGAAAUCCCCCUCGUCGUGGCUAUUACGGAGGGCAUCCCGCAGCAGGACAUGGUCAAGGUCAAGUGGCACCUGCGCAACCAGAGCACCACGCGUCUCAUUGGCCCCAACUGCCCCGGUAUCAUUAAGCCCGGUGAGUGCAAGAUGGGCAUUAUGCCCGGAUACAUCCACCAGAAGGGUAAGGUCGGCAUUGUGUCGCGCUCCGGCACCCUGACGUACGAGGCUGUGGCUCAGACUACGGCUCUGGGUCUCGGCCAGUCCACUGUUAUUGGCAUUGGUGGUGACCCGUUCAACGGCACCAACUUCAUUGACUGCCUGGAGCGCUUCACCAACGACCCGGAGACUGAGGGCAUCAUUAUGGUGGGCGAGAUCGGCGGGUCCGCCGAGGAGGAGGCUGCUGAGUGGCUCAUGGCCCACGGUGACCCCAACAAGCCCGUGGUGAGCUUCAUUGCCGGCACGACGGCUCCUCCCGGACGUCGUAUGGGCCACGCUGGCGCUAUUGUGUCGGGCGGCAAGGGCACGGCUGCGGGCAAGUUCGCCGCUCUCGAGGCUGCUGGUGUCGCUGUGACGCGAUCGCCUGCUCGUCUUGGUGUGACGCUGUACGAGGAGAUGCAGAAGCGCGCUUAAAUUGCCUGUGCAAUAACGGAAGUAGGCAGCGAUGCACGGCUGCGACACAAAGGAGAGCAAGCGACACACCCAGCCACUUGGUAGCUGGAAAAGGUAGAGUUCGCUUGCCAUUCUGCGUUGGCGACGGAGUGCUUGCGUCUGAUCCGAUUUAGUCACGUUAAACUACAAACAAGAGCAUGAAAAACUCAACGCGAUAGGCAGCGUAUAGUGUACUUUGUUCAUAAUGACACCAGGUGCAUCACAGCUGGACGUCUUGAUACAUCCACUUGUCAUUCUGGA